AUGUCGCAAGCUCUCGAUCUGUCGCUGUUGAAGGGGUCCCCCGAGGAAAGAGAUGCGAUUGCGGCAGACCUACUAUACACACUCAAGACGCGUGGAGUGGCCAAGCUAAAGAACCAUGGGCUUCCGGAAGAUCUCAUUGCCAAAAUGUUUGACUACACCCGUCGAUUCUUCUCUCUUUCACUAGAGGAUAAGAUGACUGCCAAACAUCCGCCUGAGGCAAACCCCAACCGUGGGUACAGUUAUGUUGGCCAGGAAUCAGUCUCUUCCAUUAGUGGCUAUGACAAAGGCCUCCCCCAAGGGAAGUCAGUUCGGGAUAUCAAGGAAACCCUUGAUAUGGGCUCCCCAUACGACAACCUUGUUGACAACAUCUGGGUUGCUGACGAGAAACUUCCCGGCUUCCGCAAAUUCAUGGAGGAUUUCUAUGAAAGCUGCUUCAAGGUCGAGUUGGAGAUUCUCGAAGCGUUGGCCAAGGCCCUUGAGAUCUCAGCACCAGAUCUCAAAUUACUACACAACAAGGCCGAAAAUGAAUUCCGUCUGCUUCAUUAUCCAGCUGUGCCAGCAUCCGCUCUAGAAGAUGGAACCGCCACGCGGAUUGCAGAGCACACCGACUUUGGCACGAUUACCAUGCUGUUUCAAGAUUCCACUGGUGGUUUGCAGGUGGAAAACCAGCAAAAUCUGGGAAAAUUCCAUGAUGUCGUGUCAGGUGGCAAGUCGGAGAUCAUUCUGAACAUCGGAGACUCCCUCCAGCGCCUGACAAAUGAUACCUUCAUGGCUGCAUGCCACCGGGUAACUUAUCCACCCACCGUCAAAGUGGGUUCUGAUAUGAUGAUCCCCGAGCGCUACUCUGUUGCCUAUUUUGCGAAGCCGAACCGUAUCGCUUCUUUGUUUCCAUUGAAGAGGUUCAUUACGCCUGCUACUCCGUGCAAAUAUGAGGAUAUUACCGCCUGGGACUAUAACAAUCUGCGAAUCGCCAAGUUGUUCUCCUAA